CUUUCAGAAGUUAGGAGAGAAAAAAAAGUUAGUUAGGUUAGUGAGGGGGCUGUGAUUUUCAAUGCGCAGUACAGUCACUACCAAUGUCUACCUUAGAGGACCCGUAAACUUUUGUAAAAAUCAGACGGACACCGCUUAAAGAGUUCAGACACUUCAGAAGAAGUUUAAAGGACAAAGUUGAGUAGAUAUGCGCGUUUCCAGAUUUAUUGGGGUGUUCUCAGGAGCAGAAAAACAGCGCUCUCUGCUUUUUUUCGCAAGGCUUGGAUAAUUAAUAAAGUGGACGGACAUAGAAAGGGGUUUGGCUGUUUGGAUUUAACUUUUUGACGUUUUAUGGUCGCGCUCGACUGUUAACACGUCGGACAAAACGAAGAAUAGAAUUCCUGCAGAUUACAGUACAUUUUAUUUGGAGCAAUGGACCCGAGCCAGCACAACCCUCCAGUCGGCCAUCAGAUCGUCCAUGUUCGGGGAGACUCUGAGACCGAUCUGGAAGCUCUUUUUAACGCUGUGAUGAACCCGAAAAACACCAUCGUCCCCCCUUCUCUGCCUAUGAGGAUGAGAAAGCUGCCAGACUCCUUCUUCAAACCACCAGAGCCAAAGUCCCACUCCAGACAAGCCAGCACAGAUGGAGGUACUGCUGGUACCCUCACACCCCAUCAUGUCCGGGCACACUCCUCCCCAGCCAACUUGCAGCUGAGUGCAGUUUCCCCGGGCACAUUGAGCAGCCUGGGUCAACCAAACACCCAACCUCAGCACCUCCGCCAGUCCUCUUAUGAGAUACCAGAUGAUGUGCCACUGCCCCCAGGUUGGGAGAUGGCCAAAACCCCCUCCGGUCAGAGAUACUUCCUGAACCAUCACGACCAGACGACCACCUGGCAGGACCCCCGUAAGGCCCUCCUUCAGAUGAACCAAGCCGCUCCAGCCAGCCCAGCGCCUGUUCAGCAACAGAACAUUAUGAACCCUGCCUCAGGUCCUCUUCCUGAUGGCUGGGAGCAAGCUAUUACCUCAGAAGGAGAGAUCUACUACAUCAAUCACAAAAACAAAAGCACCUCUUGGCUGGACCCACGACUUGACCCACGUUUUGCUAUCAACCAGCAGCGAAUUUCCCAGAGUGCUCCAGUGAAGCAAGGCUCCCAGUUGCCCUCCAGCCCACAGAGCGGAGUGAUGGUUGGAAAUAACCAGAUCAGACUGCAGCAGCAGAUCCAGAUGGACAAAGAGAGACUGAGACUCAAGCAAGAGCUCAUUCGCCAGAGACCACAGGAGCUCGCACUGAGAAACCAGCUACCCACCAGCAUGGAGCAGGAUGGUGGCACUCAGAACCCCGUGUCCUCACCUGGCAUGGGCCAAGACGCCCGCAACAUGACCACCAACAGCUCUGACCCUUUCUUGAACAGCGGGACGUAUCACUCCAGAGAUGAGAGCACGGAUAGCGGACUGAGCAUGAGCAGUUACAGCGUCCCCCGCACCCCAGACGACUUCCUCAACAGCGUGGAUGAGAUGGAUACAGGUGAAAGCCUCGGCCCUGUCUCCAUGGCAACACAGCCCAGCCGUUUCCCCGACUACCUGGAUGCCAUCCCGGGCACAGAUGUGGACCUGGGCACCCUCGAGGGAGAGAGCAUGGCAGUAGAGGGUGAAGAGCUGAUGCCCAGCCUCCAGGAAGCCCUGAGCUCCGACAUCCUCAACGACAUGGAGUCCGUGCUCGCGGCCACCAAGAUCGACAAGGAAAACUUUCUAACCUGGUUAUAGAGCAUCUGAAGCCAGCACUACGCCUUCCUUUCCAACAUGCUGAACUGCUGCCUAGUCCAAAUCUGUGAAGGAUGUGUAGUUGCUUUGAGGUGAAAAGACAUUUCACCCUACUGGACACGUAACAUGUUUAUUUUCCUUUUCUUAACUUCCUUCAGCCGAAUCGUCCUUUUUAUUUCUUCAAUCUUUUGUUUUUAUUUUUGCGUCUGCAUCCUCAAGGCUGGGCCAUGAACAGACAAGUAUUCACAAAUACCCAAAUCCUUCUCAUGGCUGUGCUAUAUGAUGGCCUGUGUGCGUGUGCGUAUCUGUCUGAUGGAUGCGCAUCUGUGUCCUUUUUCCUUGUGAACUCCGACAAAUCUCGCUAAAUCGACCAGCACAACCUUCCCUGAUAUCAGCUCAUACAAGGCUGAGAAACCAAAAACUUUGCUUCUGAGGAGGUCUUCUGAUGGGAUUUGCGUAUUAAAAUCGAAGGGUUUCAACGUAAGGCUUUGAUUAAAACAAAUCCUGCUGCUUGGCUGUGCCAGCAUCUUACACUAGAAACUUGUAAUCAAGUGCCUUCGGUUUUGUUUUAUGGAGAAAUCUAAGUGAGAUACUGUCAUUUUACGCUAUAUAUAUAGAUAUAUCAUAGAUCAAAUUUGACAACACUAUGUUUUACUUACUCAUUUCUGUAAUCAAAGUAUUUCUUUAAAGGUUUUAUAAAAAAAGAAAUUAUGUCUGGAAUUAGGGUUUAUUGUUUUGUGAACCCUAACCUCUGUGUGUCAGUUUUAUUUAAGCCUGAAUUUGUUUCUUGAGGGUUAUGGCAUUUAUAUGUGAUCAAAGAACAAACUGAAUCUCAUUUUGUUUUAACAGAUUUAAACUAAAGUUUACCCAUGCUGCCUUUUUAGUACAACUUUACAACAAGACACUGAAUCGAUGGACAUUAUUAUUUUCUAUGCUUCAUCAUAAUCAUUUGGUGGAAGUCUGUUUUUAAUGUUUUUAUCUUACAAUUUUUGUAUAAUAUGCUCUUGCUUACUGUUUUUAGUGAAGAUAUCUCUGAUAUCCUCGAACAAAAUAUCAUGGGCACUUUGAUCAACUAUUAAACACAAUAGUCUGGCUUUUUUAAACAAGACAUCUCUCAUAUGAGCUCCAGUAGAGGUUUGUGCCAGUUGAUGUUUGGUGCUGAGACUGAUAUUAGGCAGGAAAGAAGGUUCUGAUAAGUUUUAGAUGGGUAGAUGAGCAUGUCUUGAGAGUUAGUGGUGUAGCUUAAACAUGACUUGGUAACCGUGGACACGAAUGACUUCAAGGAAACAAUCGGUUAGGAUAUUUCUGAAUGAGGCUUCCAAAGACUGUUUUUGUAAUCGUGAUUCUCUUUGAAAUUUAAGGGUGACAAACUAAUUUAUCAUACUGUGUGUGUACACAUAAGCUAAUGAGAAAUGGUCGAACUGAUUUUGUGAGGGUAUUUCUAAUGAAGCGUGAUUUGACAGGUCCUCGAAUGCUGUUAUAACUAAAGACACUAUAAGCAGGUUAACUAGAUUGGCCUUUUUGUUACAUGGUUUACAUUAUUUCGCAGUAGUAGUAACACUACAGGGACAUCUGUACAAAUUUGCUAAAAUAAACUUCCUCAUGUUUACAAGACCUUUACACUACAAUGUUUUAGAGAAACUGGCCCAUACUCUUGUGUUUUAACAUUUUUAUUUUUUUUAAAGGUGAAGUUUUAUGAGUUUAAUAUUAUGUGGUCUGUUGGUCUCGAUUGCCUCAGUUAGAACAACGUGAGAAUUUAUGAUCAAAAAUGGCAAGCUAUGUCAUAGUGAUCAAAUGAGAGGUUUUAAAGAAAAUUAAAGUUAAACAAAACCUUAGUGAAAUAUCUAUUUUCAAACAUAGUAUUGAUGGCAGACUACCGGGUUAAACGUGUCGGAGAGAGCAAUGCAACAAGAUGUUUUUAUGAAUUGUGGGUACAGUGCUGGUUGCACGUUAAUAGAACAUUGAGUAAAAUGUAUAUGUCACUUAAACAUGAUUUUAUGCUUGCUUAGUGUGCAACUGUUCAGAAUAUAUAGUAACUGUUUACUUUAUUUUUAUUUUAUUGUUUUGUAGUGGUAGUACUAAUCACACAAGUUAAUGGAUUGGUAUUUAGAGUUCUUUAAAUGCACCCAGAAUGAAUUUAUAUCCUGUUAUGAUCUCUUUUUUUUUAAAUCUAUGUAUGUGCAUGUACCUUAGAACCUUAAGUUCUGUUACAUUGUAUCUCUUUACAUAUUACUUUCAAAUUGGCCUGGAAUAAAGUAUAUACUUUGGUA